AUGACAAACACCUCGGAGCAGCCCCAACCCGUCGUCUGCGUCUUCUGCGGCGCCUCCAGCGGCACCUCCCCCGCACACCUCGAAGCCGCCCGCGCCCUCGCCCACGCGCUCCACAAGGCAAACAUCAAGCUCGUCUACGGCGGCGGCACCGUCGGCCUCAUGGGCGAAGUCGCCCGCACUCUCGUCUCCCUCUCCGGCCCCUCCUCCGUCCACGGCAUCAUCCCCGCGCCCCUCGUAAAAUACGAACAAAACCACGACCCCUCCGACCCUCUCGCGCACAAGAUCGACGAAGCUAUAUACGGAAAGACUACCGUUGUGAAAGACAUGCACACGCGCAAGCAUAUGAUGGCGCAGGAAGUCAUUCAAGGUGGACCGGGCGGCGGCUUUGUCGCGCUGUCAGGUGGGUAUGGCACGUUGGAGGAACUUAUGGAAGUCACGACGUGGAAUCAGCUGGGGAUACACGAUAUGCCGGUUGUGGUAUUCAACGUGGACGGAUACUGGACGGGGCUGCUCGAAUGGGUCAAGAAUGCUGUGACGAGUGGGUUUAUUGGGCCGGGAAAUGCGGGGAUCUUGGUGGAGGCUUUGAGCGCGGACGAGGUAGUGACGCAGUUGAAAGAGUAUACCAAUGCGGAGGGGAGGUUCAAUUUGACUUGGGAUCAGCAAUGA